AUGAGUGAAAAAAAUAAAUUAUGUUGUACAUUAACACCAAUAAGAAAAGAUGUAAUAAUCAAUGAAAUAACAAAAAAAAUAUCUGAGUUAUGUAAUGAUACCCAAAAUACAGAAAAUAAAAUUUAUUUUGUCAAAGAAGAGGAAAAAGGUGAUGUUAUUGGUAAUACAAUAAGGGAUGUUUUGUUAGAUUAUGAAAAAUAUUUUAUUCAAUUAAUAGCAAAAGAAAAAGAUUUUUUCAAUUCUAAAAUGAUUGAUAAUGCAUUUGUCUCCAGAAUAUUAUGUGAUUCAAAAUUUCGUGAUUCAAAUAUUGAUUUUAAUAAUAUUGUUAAAAAAUAUAAUUUAACAUUAGAUAAAGAAUCUGAAAAAGAUGAGUUAAAUUCUUUGUCAUCUUCACACUCUAGUUCCUCAUCAUUAUUAUUAUCCUCAUAUCAUUCUACAUCUUCAAAUACCAAUACAACAUUGAAUAAUUUAAAGUUAGAUGAUCUUGCAAGUAAAGUAGCAGAUGAAAUAUUACGUAAAAUGCCAAGUCAAGAGUCUUCAAAUGAAAUGUUAAAAGCAUUAAUAACGGAAAUAGGUAAUAUUUGUAAACAACCAAGAAAUGUCAUAUCUAAUCAACAAAUAGAUACUGGUGUCCAAACAUUUUUUUCACCCUCAAUGACUAAUGACAUUUUAAAACUUAACAAAAAUGACAAUUUAAAUGAAAAAGAAUUAAAAAAUGUUGCUCUUCAAACAUCUAUUAUUACAACAACAACAGAGGAAGGAUUAUCAUCAACAUCUAAACAUUCUCAAGAUACUUUAUCAUCAUUUAAUAUACCAUCAAAUAUUUUAAGUAGUGAAGAUUCAUCUACUAUUUCUAAAAAUCAUUCACCAGGUCAAAUUGAUUUUAAAAAUAUUCAUAAUAAUCAUGAUUUUAUUGUGUAUGAAGUUAAUAUUGAUGGUUCUAUAGCUAAUGUUAAUAAAAAUAAUGUAUAUAAUUUAGAUGAUAUCCCUAGGAAAAAAAGAUAUUCUCCUAAUGAUAAAAAUUAUGAAUCAGAACGAAAUUUUUCUUCAACAACAUUAAAUAGAGAUAGAGAAAAAUAUAUACUAAAAAUAGAAGAAAUACAAUUAGACAGUACAGACAAUGAAAAUAUUAGUGAAUAUAAUAACAUUGCAUCAAAAGAUAAUACAAGUGUAUGCUCUAAGAAUAAAAAUAUAAAAAGACUACUUGAUAAUGGUUCGACAACUACUACCACUCUUUCAUCAAUUUCUUCUAUUCCUAAUUCUAUUUAA